CGACGCGCUGCGCGAGACGCCACUGGCGGCCCGCCGAAGGCGGGCAGACGCGGGAAUCUCCGGACGUGAGGCAUGAGCGGCGCCCUCCCCCGGCCCGCUCGCGUCCUGCCGCCUCCGCGAGCUAGGGUCUCGCGGCGUGGGGCCUAGCCGCGGGCAUCGCGAGCCCUCGGCGUGCCCAGGGCUGCUGCGACCGCGCCGCGCGCCGGCGAGUGCUGCGGCCACUAUGGAGGUGAGUGGGCCGGAAGAUGACCCCUUCCUGUCGCAGCUGCACCAGGUGCAGUGCCCCGUGUGCCAGCAGAUGAUGCCGGCCGCGCACAUCAACUCGCAUCUGGACCGCUGUCUGCUGCUCAACCCCGCGGGGCCCGCGGAGUCCGCGGCUGGGCCGCACCGCGCGGGAGAACGCGCCAAAGGGCUGUCGCCGCCCAUCGCUAAGAGGCGGCGGCCCUCGGAGAGUUCGGCGCUGAAGCAGCCGGCCACCCCGACGGCGGCCGAGAGCAGCGAGGGCGAGGGCGAGGAGGGCGACGACGGUGGCGAGACGGAGAGCCGGGAAAGCUACGAUGCGCCGCCCACUCCCAGCGGCGCCCGCCUGAUCCCCGACUUCCCGGUGGCCCGCUCCAGUAGCCCCGGGAGGAAGGGCUCCGGGAAGAGGCCAGCUGCAGCGGCCGCCGCGGCGGGUAGCGCGUCUCCGCGGAGCUGGGACGAGGCGGAGGCGCAGGAGGAGGAGGAGGCGGUGGGCGAUGGCGACGGGGACGCCGAUGCUGACGGCGAGGACGACCCGGGCCACUGGGAUGCGGACGCCACGGCCUUUGGGGCCAGCGGCGGGGGCCGCCCUCACGCCCGGGCUCUGGCAGCGGAGGAGAUCCGGCAGAUGCUGGAGGGCAAGCCGUUGGCCGACAAGAUGCGUCCCGACACGCUGCAGGACUACAUCGGUCAGAGCAGAGCCGUGGGGCAGGAGACCCUGCUCCGGCCCCUCCUGGAGACGAGCGAAAUCCCCUCGCUCAUCCUGUGGGGGCCGCCGGGCUGCGGCAAGACCACCCUGGCUCACAUCAUAGCCAACAACAGCAAGAAGCAUAGCAUAAGAUUUGUGACAUUGUCUGCAACAAAUGCCAAGACAAAUGAUGUGCGAGAUGUCAUAAAACAAGCUCAAAAUGAAAAGAGCUUUUUCAAAAGGAAAACCAUACUUUUUAUUGAUGAGAUUCAUCGGUUCAAUAAAUCUCAGCAGGACACUUUCCUUCCUCACGUGGAAUGUGGGACAAUCACUCUGAUUGGGGCAACCACGGAAAACCCUUCCUUUCAAGUCAAUGCCGCUCUUCUGAGCCGCUGUAGGGUUAUUGUUCUUGAGAAGCUUCCAGUAGAGGCAAUGGUGACUAUUUUAAUGCGAGCAAUCAACUCACUGGGCAUCCACGUCCUAGAUUCCAGCCGUCCCACUGACCCUCUGAGCCACAGCAGCAACAGCAGUUCUGAGCCCUCCGUGUUCAUAGAGGAUAAAGCAGUAGACACUCUGGCUUAUCUCAGCGAUGGGGAUGCCCGAGCUGGAUUGAACGGACUGCAGCUGGCGGUGCUGGCCAGGUUAAGCUCUAGGAAGAUGUUUUGUAAGAAGAGUGGGCAAACCUAUUCUCCCAGUAGAGUUCUGAUCACUGAAAAUGAUGUGAAGGAAGGCCUCCAGAAAUCUCACAUUUUAUAUGACCGAGCAGGAGAAGAGCAUUACAACUGCAUCUCUGCACUUCAUAAAUCCAUGCGGGGUUCGGACCAGAGCGCCUCCCUCUACUGGCUGGCACGCAUGCUUGAAGGAGGAGAGGACCCACUGUACGUUGCGAGGAGGCUGGUGAGGUUUGCCAGUGAGGACAUAGGUCUGGCAGAUCCGUCUGCAUUAACACAAGCAGUUGCUGCUUACCAAGGCUGUCAUUUUAUAGGCAUGCCCGAAUGUGAGGUGCUCCUGGCCCAGUGUGUUGUCUACUUUGCCAGAGCCCCAAAGUCUAUUGAGGUGUACAGCGCCUACAACAAUGUCAAAGCCUGCCUGCGGAACCACCAGGGGCCCCUGCCGCCCGUGCCUCUGCACCUGAGGAACGCGCCCACCAGGCUGAUGAAGGACCUGGGCUACGGCAAGGGCUACAAGUACAACCCCAUGUACAGUGAGCCUGUGGACCAGGAGUACCUGCCGGAGGAGCUGAGAGGGGUGGAUUUCUUUAAGCAAAGGCGCUGCUGACUCUCAGGCAGUGACAGCAGAAGGAUAUUACUUUUUUCUUUUCUUUUCUUUUCUUUUUUUUUCUUAAGGGAUGGCCAGAAAGAGAGUCACUGGAUUGUGAAGUUGGUUAGUUGCCUGGGGGACGUUAAAACAGACCAACUUUUGUGCCAGAAAUGUGAGAGUUCCUUAGGUGGAGGCAGUUACUUCAGCUGAACAUGUAACGUUCAAACUGCUCAUUUGCACUCUGCAGUGGUCAUGCAUACGAAAGUACCUGGCAGCCUUGUGCAAUGAA